UUCAAAAGAAUCGUUCACUAAUCUGAUAUAAACAGCGCGUGCCAGACGCUACAUUGAGGUUUGCCGAGAGUGAGUAGUUGAUACAAUUGCGUCUGGGAUUUUUUUUGUUAAACUGAAUGUUGGUGUGUAUUGUUAAGUUGUACUGUUGCGAUUUAAGGUUAGAUUAACUGUAACAGCAGUUUCAACAUCAGAGUUACAGUUAGAACAGGCUAUUGUAACGAUUAUACACCAAGUCCAUUAUUAAAAAAGGCGCUUUAAAUUAACUUUGAAACAAAGAUGAAACAAAAAACACUGAAUACAUUGGCUGUGGUUUUUAACAACGAGCAGAAGAUUUGUUACUCUCCUGGAAAUGUUGUGGCUGGACGUGUUUUACUUCAGCUAUCAGCACCCACCAAAGUUGAAGCCAUUGAAGUUUUAGUCAAAGGAUGUGCUCGAGUGCGUUGGCCUGAUAAACUGUCCCAAUGUUCACAACAAAGAAAUCUUCUCUCCUUAUCCAAGACACUUGCAGCAGCAACAGGUACCCAAGACCUCAUCCUUGAUUGUGGCUUCCAUGAAUUCCCUUUUAAACUGGAGUUACCACAAACUCCCUUAGUUUCCUCUUUCAUUGGAAAACAUGGCUGUGUUUAUUACAUGGCGCAGGCAGUUCUCAAGUUGCCCCAUCAUAAGAAUCAGUGUGUUUCCAGACGACUUUUUAUCAUCAGUCACACUGAUGUCAAUAUUCCAGCACUAACAUCUCCAGUGUCACAAACCUGUGAGAAGAUGAUUGGACGCUGGAUAUUUACUUCAGGUCCCAUCUCUCUGACUGUCAGCAUAGACCGCAAGGGUUAUUGCAAUGGAGAAUCAAUCCCAAUUUCUGCUGAGAUUAGGAAUGGCUCCUCUUGUCUAGUUGUACCAAAAGCAGCGAUGUAUCAGAUUCAGACCUAUAUGGCCAAUGGUAAACGUAAAAUCUUCAAACACAAGGUUGCCAGCGCGAGAGGAAAUAUUGUCCCAUCUCACUUCUCUGACAGAUGGAGUGGAAAUGUGUUUAUGAUUCCUCCUGUAUGUCCCUCCAUUCUCAAUUCAGACAUUCUGAAAGUGGAAUACCUUCUUGCAGUUAUAGUUCAGAUAUCGGGUACCAAAAAUCUGAAAGUGGAGUUUCCAAUAGUAAUUGGUACCAUUCCUUACAGAGGUCCUCCUCCCAGGGGCUGCUUUAGCAUAAGUAGCUAUUCAAGUGCGGAUAUGAGCUUCCUAACACCUCGCCUCCCUGAUGAAGCUCCUCCCAGCUAUGCAGAUGUUGUGGCAAGUGAAGAUCCUCUUUAUUAAUCACAACCAGACUUUGAUUUCACAGCCUGACUUGAAUUCAGCGGUUCUGCCUCCUGCCCUUUACUUUGGAGGUCAGUGAUUUUUUUUUUAAUGCAUAUAUUCACCCUGACUGUUACACCAUUGUUUUCUUAUAUUUUGUGUCAUGGUGCCUAUUAAACAAUGGAGGUUGAAUUAAUGCUGUUUUGUGGCGGAGAACAAUGUACGGUACAUGGAAGCACCAUUCUCAAGCAGUUAAUCUAUAACACACGCGUAUUCUUGGAUUUGUUUUUUCUCUACGGUACCAUUUUUCAAAUGUUGUUAAAUUUGACCUCAUUUGUGGAUUGCGAUUGUUUUAUCUUUUGUUUUGAUCACAACCACGUUAUGGAUGAUGUUGUCUCCCAUAGCUAAUUGUGACCAGGAGCAUAGGUCUGAUCUGCUUUGCAGAUUGUUCUGAUUAAGAACCAACUAUUGUACUUGGACAACAGGGUCUGUUUGAUAUUUAAAGGGAUAAACCACAGUUUAUUGUGUUUUUGGUGGGUUUGGGUUUAGUUCAUGGCUUUAAAUUAUAUAAUUAAUUUGUUUUUGUUUUCUGUUUAAGUGGGUGGUUAUUGGCCAGAAAAACUGCAGUGUGGACCUUUGUCAAAGGCUAUGCAUGACUAGUAUAGCUUGAUAAUUAUUGGAUUUUGUAAAAAUUAUUUGUUUUGUCACUGGGAUGCUGCUUCAGUUUGCUUAUAUUAUGUUUUGUCCAAACUGAGAUAUCAGAAGCACACUGUUAUAUAGCACGUUUAAUAAUGUUUACAUGGUAUAUUUUCACUGCUGUUUUUUGUAAAUACAAUGUAUUUAUACAAUGUUUUUAUACUGUUUUAAAAACAUUCACUCUAGCAAUUAAAAUAAAAAA